AUGGGUGAUGUCGGUUUCAUCGAUAAGCAUGGUUGGGUGUGGGUCAUUGGUCGAGAAAGUGGUCGAAUCAAGACUGGGGGAAAAAAUGUUUACCCUGAUGAGGACAAGUCCCUCUCUGGUGUCAUAAAUUUUGAGGCUGCUAGUGAAGAUGAAAUCAAGCAAGUAGUAAUGCUUGCUAAGAUUGCAGUGAAUUUCAUCGAUAAGCAUGGUUGGGUGUGGGUCAUUGGUCGAGAAAGUGGUCGAAUCAAGACUGGGGGAAAAAAUGUUUACCCUGAAGAGAAAACAUUGACCAGAGCUCCACGGUCGCGCGGUGGUCGUGCGACGAUCGCGCAGCGGUCGUACGGUGGACAUGGGGUGACAAUCAAGAGUGACGUAUACAGCUUUGGAGUUAUCUUUGUGGAGUUACUCACCAAAAGGAAACCUGCAAGUUCUGUUGCUGAUAAGUCUGGAGACUCAAUCAAUAUCAUCCCUUAUUUCAUCUCUUAUGUGAAGGACAAUUCCCUCUCUGGUGUCAUAAAUUUUGGGGCUGCUAGUGAAGAUGAAAUCAAGCAAGUAGAAAUGCUUGCUAAGAUUGCAGUGAAGUGCUUGGAUCAAAACAAUAGAAAGAGGCCAAGAAUGAGUGAAGUGGCCCAGCAACUCCCCCCAAUUCACCAGAGCUCGACGGUUGCAGUAGAGCCCAAUUUCGAAGUGGCUGAAACAAUCUGUCCCACUGUGGAGUUUCCAGUGACUCACUGUCUUUCUUGUCUAGGAUUGGAUCAAGGAUGUUGCUACAUUUGA